UUCUCAAGAUGUUCUUGCAGCAGUCAACUUCUGGACUCAACUUUGGUUCUGUGCAGCUUGCUUCUGGAAAUUCUUCAAAUGUUCAGCAGCUUACACCAGUAAACAUGCAAGGUCAAGUUGUUCAGACUAAUCAGACUCAAAGUGGGAUGAACACGGGCCAUUUAAGUACUUCACACAUGAUACAGCAACAGCCUUUGCAGAGUACUGCAACACAGCAUAAUCAACAAAAUGUUCUUAGUGGGCACAAUCAACAGUCUUCUCUUGCCAGCCAGUCACAGAACACAGUCUCGGCACCUUUGUAUAACACUAUGGUGAUUUCUCAGCCAACAACAGGAAAUGUGGUCCAGGUUCCUUCUAGCUUACCACAGAACAACAACCAGAAUGCUGCUGCAGUAACGAGUUUUACCCAGGAUAGACAAAUCAGAUUUUCUCAAGGUCAGCAACUUGUAACAAAGCUUGUCACAGCCCCUGUAGCAUGUGGAGCAGUAAUGGUACCGAGUACUAUGUUUAUGGGACAGGUAGUGACAGCUUAUCCCACUUUUGCUGCCCAACAGCAGCAGCCACAGACUUUGUCAAUAACGCAACAGCAGCAGCAGCAGCAGCAAAGCCAGCAAGACCAUCAGCAGCAGGUCACCACAGUUCAGCAACCAGCUCAGCCACAGCUGACCCAGCACACCCAGCAGUUCCUACAGACAUCCAGGUUACUUCAUGGAAAUCAGUCAGCUCAGCUUAUCCUCUCUGCUGCUUUCCCACUACAACAAAGCACUUUUACUCAGUCCCACCACCAGCAGCAUCAGCCUCAGCAGCAGCAGCAGCCACUUUCUCGACACAGAACUGACAAGAUGACUGAUCCUUCCAAAGUACAGCCACAAUAGCGGGGGGCUCUGCCGCUUCUUGAGGCGAACUACCAGGGAGGGGGCUGCUCCGCCAGCAGUUGCACUGAGGCUGCAGAGGUAGCAGUACGAAGGCUUUCUAACACCACAGUGUUGAGAUCAGCUUCUAACUUCUGGAGUCUGUUAAGAAAAGCCACAAGAUGAUGAUGGGGACAUGGCCAACUUUGAUAGUUGCCCCGUGUUUCUUGUUCUAAAGGAUUUGCUGCCAUGUGUUGAUUUGUCUGGGUGAAAUCUCAAAAUGUGACUGAAAUGAGAGGGAUGCUGAAAAUAUUGGUAUUUUUAUCAGUCCUGUACAUUUUUAAAGUAUUAAUAUGGACUUGGGGCAAUUGUUUGAAUUAGCAGAAGAAAAAAAGCCAGGAAUAUAGUCCAAAAACCAUCUAAUUUUUUUCAGAUGAUUAUAGGACAGUAAAUAUUUUGAAAAUGUUGUGUGAAAUCCAGUUCUCUGUUGUACAGAUGCUGUAAAAUAUUGUGUAUAUGUCUGCAUAAAAGGAGAAAGAGCAAAAUAUUUUAUAUGAUGCAUGAAAAUGUAAUCUGUUAUUUGUAGGUUUGAAUAUGUUUCCCUAAAUUCUCAUGCCAUACUCAGACUAAUGUUUUCCUCUGUUCUACCCUUUUGUUUACAACAUGAUGCAUCAUUAUUUUCACCCUUAAUGUGGGCACAAGUCUCUUGUUUGUGCUUUGUCUGUGAUGUCAGGGUUUGUUCGGUGAGGUUUAGUGUGUUGGUUAGUUGUUCUUGAGGUUAAAUUAUUGAUGAAGCUGUUUGAACUGGUGAUCAUGCAUCAGGGUUCAGGACAUUCAGAUUCAUGAAUAUCAUCCAUCAUUUCAUAAUUGAUUCAUCAUUUUAUUUGAAAAACAAAAAUAGGAAUUUGCACUGCUUUCUUGUGGAUGGUUUGGAAUUUUAUUCCCCAAAGCUAUCUUUUGAUAUAGUUCAUAGUUGGAAAUAUUUAUGUAAAAGGUUUAAAA